AUGGCCGUCUCUGACACGAUAUCCCACUGGCCAGACCUCCGGACCCGGCCCAUCUCUCCGCUCCUACGGGCCCGCUACUACGAGGGCCUCGUCAUCGCCCUAGAGUACUUGAACGCCCGGGCCGAGAGCCGGUCGAGCCGCGCGGCAACCAUCCUCAAGGCGGAGCAGUGGUGCCGGAUCUACUACGGCUCGGGCCGCAGGGUCUGCACCAAGCAGCAGCCGGGCGGCCUCCUCCUCGAGGCGCACCCGCAUCUUUUUGACUUUUCCGUACCUCCACACCUCCGCCUCGAGCCCGCCGCGCCAUCGCCAACCACGAUGCCGCCCGGAAGGAAGAAGAACGCAGAGGCGGGGGGAGACGCAGAAGAGCCCUUCCCGCCCUUCGAGGAGCCCACCGUCGCCACGCCCGCCGAGCUCGACGACAUCAUCGACCUGCGCAAGACGCACGGCCAGCCUCCUCCCGCCGCCGUCGCCGAGAGGAGGGCGAAGCCCACGAUGCGCGUCACGCCCGACGACCUCCGCGGCUCCGCCGUCCUGUCCCACCUCCCCGAGUUCCUCAACCGGCUGUCCCGCGCCGACCCGGCGGCAGGCGCGGCAGGCAACAGCGCCAGCGGCGGCGCCGCCGCCACCAUGGUCGAGCUCGACGACGAGGCCGUCGCCGACGGCAGGCAGCACAUCGAGGUGAGCCUGCUGGCGGGCGUGCUCGAGGAGCAGCGGCGGACGCAGCAGGAGGGGGACGGGGGAGUGCGCCUGUGGGACGGCGGCGAGAUCGACGAGAGCGACGAGGAGGGCGGCAGCGGUGGCGGCGGCUUCCAGAUGGCCCUGCCGACGGCCGGGUCCAGGCCGUCCAGGCCGCUGGUGCGCUCGGCCAGCCUCGUCAGCUCGACGAGCUCGGACUCCACCUCCUCGGAGGAGAGCGCCUCAUCGUCGUCGUCGUCGUCGUCGUCGUCGUCGUCGUCGUCGUCGAGCGGAUCUGAUGAACCGUCGUCGGCGCCGGCACCAGCUCGACUUCGACGCCCGGGCCGUAGGAGGUCUUCUGCCGUUUCUUCAGGGGCGGGCCGGAGCAGUGAGGAGGAAGGGGAAGGGGAAGAGGAAGAUACGAGCAGCUCGUCCAGCUCAUCUAGCUCAAGCUCGGGCGGCAGCAGUAGCGACGGCGAAGAUGAAGCAAGUCCCGGAGAAAGGAAACGCAAGGCGUCGACUGACUCACCACCUGGGAGUCCGGAGGGCAAGAAGGCGAGAGCCGCUUCUGGGAAGGGGACGAUGCGACUGAUCGAGGAGGUUGAAUAA